GGUAUUAAAGGGUGAGGUGUCAACCCUAGUCGGAGGGCCAAAUACAAUGGGCAAUAAGCUUCUGAUUUAAUCUGUCUGCAUUUUAUAUCUGCCUGUGUAUGGGGGCCUUAAGCACAGAUAUGUGAGAUAGUUCACACAUGCAAAGUUACACAGACUCUCUGCACACAAGUUCUCUAGCAGGUUUUCAUUGCCAGUAAAUGAGUCACAUGGGAAAUUGGUGUAUUAUGUUUUUAGCAUUUGUGUUGCACCAAUAAGAUGAAGGAAUAUCUGUUUAGUAACAAUGAUGUAAAGCAGGAGGGAGGUGGAGCCACAAGUUUCUCUCAUAUUCCCCGCCCAUUUUUCUUUCAUUGUCGAGAGUGUAGAAAGGGAAAGAAACACAGAGAGGACAAAUUGAAAUUGCCGCUUUGUUGCCCAAAAUGUCAGCAAAGGAGCAGCUCACUGAAGAGGUUGAGAAACUAUUGGAUGAGUCUGAUAAGACACCACAGGACAAGAAACUGACUCAAAUAAAUGGAGUGUUAUAUCCUGGUAUUUUAUGCACUGAGGAGACCUUUAAGGCUUUGGAAUCAUUUGAGGCAAGAGAGGAUGAUCUGAUGCUGGUUUCUUACCCUAAAUGUGGAACUACUUGGUCUUUGAAUUUACUAAAUGACAUGGUGCAGACAAUAUACAAUAAAGAUCCACCAAAUAUGAUUCAAAUAUUAGAAUUUGGAGCUCCUGACAAGUAUGAGAAACUAAAUGAAGAACCAGCUCCAAGAGUUUUAGGGACACACCUGCAUUAUGAUAAUAUCCCCCAGUCCUUUUUUAAUAAGAAAGUAAAGUUGCUUGUUGUAUUUCGGAAUCCAAAAGACACUGCAGUAUCCUUUUUUCAUUUCUAUAACAAAAAUCCAAUGCUUCCCAACUACAGUUCCUGGGAUACAUUUUUUGAAGACUUCAUUGGUGGAAAAGUUUGCUGGGGAUCCUAUUUUGAUCAUGCCCUUGCAUGGAACCAACACAUUGAUGAUGAUGAUGUUUUGAUAAUGACAUUUGAGGAAAUGAAGGAGGACCUGGAGGCAGCAGUAAAGAAAAUAUCUGAAUUCUAUGGGUUUUCUAUGAGUGAUGAACAAGUUCACAAUGUUGCUGAGAAAGGCACAUUCACCGCCAUGAAAGAGAAACUGAAUAAUAUUAAAAAUGAAUUUGCACAGAUAUUUUUAAGGAAAGGUGAAGUUGGAGACUGGAAAAACCAUUUCUCCGAAGCUCAGAGCCAAGAAAUAGAUGCCAAGUUUGAGGCGUGUUUAGCAGGAACCAAACUAGGAGACAUGCUGAAGUAUAAUGUAUAUUGCAAAUAGGCCAUAGUGGGUGUAGGGAUGAAUUCAUCUUAAUUGUUUGUCAUAAUAAAUGUUUUUGAAUAUAUAUCUAAAGUGGGAUAUAUAAUUUUUUAAAGUACCCUUACAGAGUUUCUAA